CCGGAAGUGGCUCGCAGAUAGUAAAUAAGCCCCGAAAGGCAAGAGAGGAGCUGUCUCCAUCUUGUUGGCGUCCGCAGCUUCUGCGACGUUGUGGAGAUGGGGAGCGUCCUGGGGCUGUGCUCCAUGGCGAGCUGGAUACCAUGUUUGUGUGGCAGUGCCCCGUGUCUGCUGUGCCGAUGCUGUCCUAGUGGAAACAACUCCACUGUAACUAGGUUGAUCUAUGCACUUUUCUUGCUUGUUGGAGUGUGUGUUGCUUGUGUUAUGUUGAUACCAGGAAUGGAAGAACAACUGAAUAAGAUUCCUGGAUUUUGUGAGAAUGAGAAGGGUGUCGUCCCAUGUAAUAUUCUGGUUGGCUAUAAAGCUGUGUACCGUUUGUGCUUUGGCUUGGCUAUGUUCUAUCUUCUCCUCUCUCUCCUCAUGAUCAAAGUGAAGAGCAGCAGUGAUCCCAGAGCUGCAGUGCACAAUGGAUUCUGGUUCUUUAAAUUUGCUGCAGCAAUUGCAAUUAUUAUUGGGGCUUUCUUCAUUCCAGAAGGAACUUUUACAACUGUGUGGUUUUAUGUAGGCAUGGCAGGUGCCUUUUGCUUCAUCCUCAUACAGCUAGUCUUACUUAUUGAUUUUGCCCAUUCAUGGAAUGAAUCAUGGGUUGAAAAAAUGGAAGAAGGGAACUCGAGGUGUUGGUACGCAGCUUUGUUAUCAGCUACAGCUAUGAACUAUCUGCUGUCUUUAGUUGCUGUCGUCCUAUUCUUUGUUUAUUAUACUCAUCCAGCCAGUUGUUCAGAAAACAAAGCGUUCAUCAGUGUCAACAUGCUCCUUUGCCUUGGGGCCUCUGUAAUGUCUAUACUGCCAAAGAUCCAAGAGUCACAACCCAGAUCUGGCUUGUUACAGUCUUCAGUGAUUACUGUCUACACGAUGUAUUUGACAUGGUCUGCUAUGACCAAUGAGCCAGAAACAAAUUGCAACCCAAGCCUGCUCAGCAUAAUUGGGUACAACACAACAAGCACUAUCCCAAAGGAGGGGCAGUCUGUCCAGUGGUGGCAUGCUCAAGGAAUUAUAGGACUAAUCCUCUUUUUAUUGUGUGUGUUUUAUUCAAGCAUCCGUACUUCAAACAAUAGUCAGGUUAAUAAACUGACUCUAACAAGUGAUGAAUCAACAUUAAUAGAAGAUGGUGGAGCCAGAAGUGAUGGAUCAAUGGAGGAUGGAGAUGAUGUUCACCGAGCUGUAGAUAAUGAAAGGGAUGGUGUUACUUACAGUUAUUCCUUCUUUCACUUCAUGCUUUUCCUGGCGUCACUGUAUAUCAUGAUGACCCUCACCAACUGGUACAGGUAUGAGCCUUCUCGUGAGAUGAAAAGUCAGUGGACAGCUGUCUGGGUGAAAAUCUCUUCUAGUUGGAUUGGCAUCGUGCUGUAUGUUUGGACACUGGUGGCGCCACUUGUUCUUACAAAUCGUGAUUUUGACUGAACAGGACUUGUGGCAUGAAAGUCCCACUUUGAUCAUUGCUUAUUUGAAAUUAACGGUAUUCCCAACUUUUGUAAAGUUGUGUUUGUGUGGCUUCCCACGUAACUUCUCCAGUGUUCUGGCAUGAAUUAGAUUUUACCGCUUGCCACUUUAUUCAUUAUAUUCUUGCCAAGUGUUGAUAUGUGUGUUAGAAUGAAUUCCAAAGAGAGUUUUAUGAGUAUGAUGGUGAGUAGGAAAAGUGGGCAUUGUUAAGUAUCCUUUGCUCUAUGUCUGAAAAUAAGAGUCAAACAAAAUUGCUUAACAGUUUGAUUUUUAAAUUAUGUUAGAACUUAAGCUAUUUUAGAAAGUAUAUAUGGAAAUGUAUGGCUGCCUUUUGAAAUAUUUGAUGCCUUGUCCUACAGGAGACUGUAAAGAAUGUGGCUAUUGUAAAAUUAAACAAGUGACUUACA